AUGACAAACACCGCCGAGGAUGCGGCCAUGGCUUACGACAAGGCGGCUUUUAGGUUGAAAGGGAGUAAAGCUAAGCUUAAUUUCCCUGAACGAGUUCAUCAAUGGGGGACAGCUGAGUUGGGCAACUUCAUGGCUGCUGCUCGUCUUCAUGAUGAUCAUCAACGAGUUGAAGCUCCUGGGCCUGGGCCUGGGCCUGAUGAUCAUUUGAAAACGUAUCCAAAUCUCUUUGGAUAUGCCCAGCUACUACGCAGUAGGGAUGACCAGGAUCUGCAAUGCGUCGCAUCUGCUGAGUCUGUUUUGCACAGUCCAGGACCCUUUGGGUCCUACUCCUCAUCGACAACCUCAAUGCCACCUCAUCAUCAACAACAACAACAAGAGCUUCUGAGGUUUUCAUCGCAGUAUGGAGGCUUUUCUUCUCCCUCUGAAUUUGCUGAACAUGAAGAGGACACUGCAACCAGCCACUCAAAAGACUAG